AUGAUGGCUCGUGGUACCUUCGCCAACGUUCGUCUUGUUAACAAACUCUUGAAAGAAGAAGUUGGCCCCAAGACUAUUAGCGUUUCUGAUGCAGAAAGUCAAUACAAAACCGCUGGUGCUGAAUAUGGAAGUGGUAGCCCUCGGGAUUGGGCUGCAAAGGGUCCUUUGCUUUCGGGAGUGAAAGCUGUAACUGCCAAGAGUCUUGAGAGAACUGUUAGGUAUGAGGCCCUUCACCCUCCCAGUCUAUAA